UCAACCUCCCUACUACUACAAUCUUUGCCACCUCUUCAAAAUCAACCCUUCAUAGUUUCUUCCGUCCCCAAAAGUGUCCAAAAAGCCACAGAAAGGCCAAGUCUUAAGGACAUUAGCCGCACAUAAUCUUCUACAACUCUCUCUCUCACACACACACACAGAGCUGAAACAAUGGCUGCCACUACUGCUGUUUCCUUCACCCUCUCAAAACUCCUAAAAUCCUCAACCCCAAAACCCCUUUCUCUUCUUUCCCCCAAAAAAUCCAAUCUUUUCACCUCUUCUUCCCAUUUCUCUGCUCUCCCACUCAAAUUCAAGCAACCCCUCCACCCCUUACACUCUCUCAAGCACUCCACCAUUUCAAGAAUCUCAGCCACCAUAUCCGUUGGUGACAAACUCCCCAAUUCAACACUUUCUUACUUCGAUUCAUCCGAUGAACUCAAGACCCUUUUAAUCUCUGACCUCACCAACGGCAAAAAGGUUGUCCUUUUAGCUGUCCCUGGUGCAUUUACACCAACCUGUUCACAAAAACACCUUCCAGGGUUUGUCGAAAAAUCUAAGGAACUUAAGUCAAAAGGGGUUGAUACAAUUGCUUGUAUUUCAGUCAAUGAUGCAUUUGUGAUGAAAUCUUGGAAAGAGAAUUUGGGUAUUAAUGAUGAGGUAAUGAUGUUGAGUGAUGGGAAUUUGGAGUUCACUAAAGCUAUAGGGUGUGAACUUGACCUUAGUGAUAAGCCUGUUGGUCUUGGUAUUAGGUCUAGAAGGUAUUCUAUGCUUGUUGAAGAUGGGGUUGUUAAAAUCUUGAAUUUAGAGGAAGGUGGAGCUUUUAAUGUUAGCAGUGCUGAGGAUAUUCUCAAGGCUCUUUAGAAGUUUUUUAUAUUUCUGAGGUUGAGUCUUGCUUUUUAAGUUUUACUUAAUACUGAAUAAUCCGGACGGUGAGCGUUGCCAUAACCGGUAAAGUUGUCGUCAAGUGAUCAGGAAGUGCGGGUUCGAGCCGUGGAAAUAGCUUCUUGCAGAAAUGCAGGAUAAUAGCUUCUUGCAGAAAUGCAGGAUAAGGCGGCGUACAAUAGACCCUUGUGGUCUGGACCUUCCCGGACCUCGUGCAUAGCGGGAGCUUAAUGUACAAUGUACCGGGCUGCCUUUUUAACUGAAUAAUACACUUGUUUUUUGGGAAGCUUAGUUAUAAUUCUGGUUUUUGGAAUGUUUCCUCUUUUAUAUGUUUGGAUUGUUUUACUAUGCUGAGUUUUAUUGAAUUGUCUUUUAUGAA